AUGACUGAGGAAGCUGGAGCCGUACCUGUAGCGCAAAGAGGGAGCUGGACGUCGUUCCUCAAAUCCAUCGCCUCCUUUUCGGGCGACCUCUCAUCUCUUACAGCCCCACCAUUUAUUCUUUCUCCAACAUCUUUAACCGAGUUUCCAGCGUACUGGUGCGAACGUCCGGAAUACUUUGCGGCCAUCGCGGAUGCAAAGCCAGGACAAGACAGGGCGAUCGCGGUGCUCCGAUGGUUUAUCAGUACCCUGAAAGAUCAGUAUACCACUCGAAAUGAGACUAUGGGAUCAGAAAAGAAACCUCUGAACCCUGUCCUCGGUGAAGUGUUUUACGGAGUUUGGCCGGACAAGAAUGGUCGCGGAAGGACUGAGCUACUCGUCGAGCAGGUCUCCCAUCAUCCUCCCAUCACCGCGUACGUUAUCGAGAACAAAUCCAAAGGCCUCCGCCUCGUCGGCCAUAACGCGCAGAAGACUUCGUUUAGCUCCGGCGCAAUCAUCGUCAAGCAAAUUGGGCACGCUGUUCUUACGGUAAACGAAACCGAGUCCUACCUUAUCACCUUCCCCCGUCUUCGUAUCGAUGGUUUGUGGUACGGCUCCCCUUACAUCGAGCUCGCUGAAACGUCAUAUAUUGUGGGCGGUGGCCACAUCACAACAAUCGAAUACAAGGGGAAAGGCUAUUUUUCGGGCAAGUCCCACACUUUCAAGUCUACAACUACACCCAUACCCGGACAAGGCGGUGCUGGCCCCCGAGAAGUUGUUGUCGAGGGCACGUGGCAUGAAACGAGUAAAUUUACAAAAGGUGGAGCUGGAACGUUCUACGAGGCGAGUGGGAAACAAGAGGAAACGACGCCACUUGAAUGGACGAGCGAACUUGGUGAAUACGAGACGAGACGUUUGUGGUUCCUCGUGGCCAAGGGCAUUCGCGAGGGCGACUUUGAACUUGCGAGUCGGGAGAAGAGUAGAAUCGAGAAUGAGCAAAGGCAGCGCCGGAAAGAUGAGGCAGCGGAAGGGACAACAUGGCAGCUUCGACACUUUGACCACCAAGAUAGCGAUCCUAUAUACGAGCAACUUGGCCGCGUGGCCAAACUUGUCCCGCCCACCGAAGACAUGUACAUCUUCAAAGGAAAUUGGCCUUCUGGCUUCGCGGCUGCUUAG